UAGUUCUAUUUUAUAGGCUUCGCUGAGCGAGUGUAGGCGGGUAACACAUCCGUAGUGUGAUACCUAUCUGCGUAUAGAUAAUUCGUCGUCUUAAAACGUCAACUGAUUUUGAUUUAUUGUUUACAUAGGUGUAGGUAUCUAUUCGGUGUUUGCGAAGAUUGACAACAUAAUAACAGAGCAGUCGACGAUGAUGGACAGAAAUACUGUAAAAAUAGUAUCCAGAAAUAUGAGAAUUUUUCUUCAGUCGAUAAAAUGGAAAGCCAAGCUAGUGGCGUAAGUUUCCAAAUCUUCUUACUGAAAACAUCUUCGGUAUGGCCGCUGCAAACGAAAAACCAAUUGUUUCAAACGGUCCACGUAUUUUACACCUGUUUCGCUUCAGUUCUACUCACCAUAACAUCAUUCGGUCUCGUUGCAGCUACGCUUUUCUCAACAGAUCUGAAAGAUAUCUGCAGUACGGUGGAUAUAGCAACGUUGACCAUAUCCGGACUGUAUAAAUUGUUCUACAUGAGGCUCCAUAUCGAUAGAUUCAAACAUCUCGUUUCAUUCCUCGAAUCAAGAAUGAAAAAAUUCGUCGCCAACAAGAACGGAGAUUUUAUCAGCGUCGAGAUGGAAAACCCCCGCAGUAAUUUGUACAGCUUGAUGCUGGUUGGAUCCGGUAUGACGAUUAGUAUCAUUUGGGCCUUUAUGCCAUUUUUUGAAGACUUGGAAUUCAAAAUACGGGGUAAUUUUACCGAUCGAGUGGACGAGUUGAAGUUUCCAUUGACGUGUUGGAUACCUUUUGAUGCCAGUUGGACACCGCUCUACGAGACGAUUUACUUACUGGAAGGAUUGAGCUUCUUUUUAGCUGCUCAUGUUUAUUUGACUGGCGAUUCGUUCUUCUUCAUGAUGAUUUAUCAGAUUUGUGUUCAGAUGAAAAUACUAGCUAAGAUGAUCGCGAAUAUUGAGAACGAUACGAUGGAAUAUUCCAGUAAACGAAUUACGUUUAGAAUCGAAUCUCAGAAAAAUAAAAAUGAAAAGGACAAAAAAUCUUUACAAUUGCACCAAAGUCCAAUUCCGCAAUGCAAAGUCGAUGGAAAAGCUUACGAAACUAAACUAAAGGAAUGUGCUACUUUUCAUAGCGAUUUAUUAUGGUUAAUGACCGAAAUGGAGCAAUUAUACAGAUCAAUGAUUCUAGCCGAUGUCUUACACGCAAUAAUUUCGCUUUCGUUUGCAUUAUUCGAAACUGGGACUACAGAAUCGAUCGUUGGUCUUUUGAAAAUGUACUCUUUUCUUCUCGUCUGCAUCGUUCAUCAGUUUUUGAAUAGUCAUUAUGGGGAGAUGUUCAUUACUGCGCAAGAGUUGGUGAGAGAAGCAGCUUACAACUCAUUCUGGUACGAGGGCACAAUAAAUAGUAGAAAAUACAUGGUACUGAUAUUACAACGGAGCAAAAAAAUGGUCAUAAUGAAUGGUGGAAAAAUGUAUCAUUUAUGUAGAGCUUCGUUUGUCCUGUUCACCAAGACGUUAUUCUCGUACUACAUGGUGCUACGCCAAGUGACUGAAUAACGCAACCGUUGACACAGCCAACACUUCACUGCUGCAUAUACCGUGGAUAUUACGAUCAAAUGAACGCCAUCUAAACAAUCUUUGUUUUUUUAAUAAAUUAAUCGUUCUAAUGAACAAACUUACAAUGAAAGAAUGUUACAAUAAGAUUUCGUGUACAGGUACACUUUCACAAUACGAUUCUUAACUUAAUACGUACAUUGUCGUCGUUGCUUCGCACACCUUUUUGAGCAAUCAUUCGAUUACUUACACAUUCAAUAAAUUAUUAAACACAAAGAAAAAUGAAAUAAAAACGAGGGUAUAAAAACGUGGUUUUGUUUUUUUAAAAACUUGAACCAACUCUUUACCGCGAGAGCU